GACGCCCAAGUAGGACGGUUACCAGGACACUGAGCCGCAGAGGGCACCACGGGAGGGGCGGGAAGCCAGGCGUUUGCCCUCCGGCCACGGGAAAAGGGGCUACUGCACCCGCCCGGCUCUGACCAUGAUGUUCCCCGGCCUCCUCGCGCCCCCCGCGGGGUAUUCCAGCCUCCUGCGACCCACGCCCACCUUAACACUGCCCCAGUCCCUUCAAUCUGCAUUUUCUGGCCACUCUAGUUUCCUAGUGGAAGAUUUGAUCCGCAUCAGUCGGCCCCCUGCCUACCUGCCUCGCAGCGUACCCACUGCCAGCCUGUCACCCCCCAGGCAGGAGGCCCCCACAGUCCUCGCUGACUCGGGGACCUCGGACCUGGGCUCUCCGGGGCCCGGGAGCCGGCGUGACAGCUCUCCACAGACUGCCCUCUCCCCUGCCAGCGAGCCCACGUUCUUGAAGUUUGGGGUGAACGCCAUCCUCUCAUCCGCGCCCAGAAGAGAAACAUCGCCGGCUUUGCUGCAGAGCCCCCCUCCUAAGACGUUCGCCUUUCCUUACUUCGAAGGCUCCUUCCAGCCCUUCAUUAGAUCCUCCUAUUUCCCAGCGUCCUCCAGCGUGGUGCCCAUCCCUGGAACGUUCUCCUGGCCGCUAGCCGCUCGCGGGAAGCCUCGCCGGGGCAUGCUGCGCAGAGCUGUGUUCUCCGACGUGCAGCGCAAAGCCCUGGAGAAGACGUUCCAGAAGCAGAAAUACAUCAGCAAGCCGGACCGGAAGAAGCUGGCGGCCAAGCUGGGCUUGAAGGACUCGCAGGUGAAAAUCUGGUUCCAGAAUCGACGCAUGAAGUGGCGGAACUCGAAAGAGCGCGAGCUCCUGUCUAGCGGGGGCUGCCGAGAGCAGACCCUUCCCACAAAACUAAACCCUCACCCAGACCUUAGCGACGUAGGCCAGAAGGGCCCUGGGGAUGAGGAGGAAGACAUCCCGGGUCCCUGCCUGGCCUACCAUGCGCCCCCUGACCCUCGACACCUGCUGGAAGGGCCCCUGCCCGGCUCUCCUGCGCACUCCAGCAGUCCGGGGAAACCCUCGGACUUCUCUGAUUCCGAUGAGGAUGAAGAGGGCGAGGAGGACCAGGAAAUCACCGUGUCCUAGGAGCCCCUCUGGCUCCCGGCUCCCGGACUGCUGCGAUUUUAAAAUUGGAGAGGGAGCGCCCACUCAGUGACUGCCUCUGUACAGGAGCCUGGACGCUGCCUCUUGUCACCACCUACCCACUACCUUCUCAGGGGUGCCACAGCCCUUUCCGCUGUCCCAAAGAGACAUUUCCUUGCUCCAUGCUGCCACCUCCAAACAGUCUUAACUCCCACAGGGGCCACAUGGUGUCUAUUUAUUGCAAACUAUUUUAGACAGGGUGUGCAGGGGGUGUGUGCGCGUGCGUGUGGAAGGGUGUCUCUAGUCCCACCGCCCCGGCUUACUGUGAGCCAGGUCCUGUCAAACACCAAGCCUGUGACCCCAACCUCCUAGAUGGUCAUCUUCCCGCAAGGAGUAGCAGCCAGUCGUUCUGUUUUCUCACCAUGAGGGUAGAGAGCACAAGAAAUUCCAAAAGAGAAUGAAUGAGGGCACGGUUAUGCCUUCCCACCUAAGAGGAAAGCACCAGCGAGCAUGAGCAUCUCACGUCUGUCCCUCCUGAUGCUCCUUUGGGGGAGGAAGUGAUUUCUCUCUGUAGAGAAGAGUGUGUCUCUAUUUCUAGUUGAUUCUGAAACAUUUCACUUCCUCCACACGUAGAACAUGUACACUCAGGACUCUGCUCUGUGUCCUUUUGUUAUUUUGGGGGGGUGAGGGGGGGUUGCAGGCUGCCAAGCUGCAGGCACUGGGGUGUGGACUUUUGUGCCUCUUUGAUAUUUUUUUCCACACAGCUUUGCUGUCUGCGCAGCUUUUAUGAGCUGUGCUCUCCUGUGUCUAUAUAUUUUGUAUGGAUAUUUUAUACUGAGGUUAUUGUGAAUGACCAGAAUGAAGGGCUGGCUACAUCUCUCUCAUUAUUUUUCUCUGCAAUGGUCUUUAAAGUUUAAAAGAUAGCUGUGUAACUUCAUAACUUAUAAGGAAAUGCUUAUUUUGUAUUUUUUACCAUGUAC